AGACGGAAAAAUGUUGCUUCAAUUCUCUUAUAUGAUUAUGGCAUUAAGCUGGUUGGAGCUUGGCCAAACUAUGCCAGAGCAAAAGAUAAGAACUGCCAGGGAUACCAGAAACAUACCCACAAGCAUGUUCAAGCCAAUUGGCCAGAGUAGUAAUGUUGAACAGAAUGAAACUUCUACGGCUCAAGAAGAUUACUCUGAGACCUUUCAACAGCGCUCAACUGGUGAGGCGCAUCCCGUUUUAGGUGACACAUCCGACGAGACCUCAUUCAAUUAUCAUAAUACAGCGCCUCCAUAUCGCAGCAAUCAAGGGGAGUAUCCACAAAAUCUUCCAACAGAUUUGAGAGAAAUUGCAGAACAUUUUCGUAGAACAUCCGGUGCGAGUAUUAAUCCAAGCAAUGGUGCUUUUUCACCAAUUUAUAGAGUGAUUGGACCAUAUUCCGAUUCAGGUGGCAAUGGCAAUGUCGUCUACACACAAACAUUUCGAAGUUCUGAUCCUUUUGUCACUCAAAGUGGCUUUCCCAGAUCCCAUAUUAGUUCAGGUCCUAUACCAACCCCAAAUGGGAAUGGCCUUUAUACAAUAUAUUCAAGUGGUCCAAGAAAUACUGGUAACUUUGGUCCGUCGGGUCAAAUUAAUAGUGGAUCGAUGCCUCUUAUGUCGCGUCCUUUUGGCUUUGGUGGCAGUCCCCGUAGUCCUCAUGGUGACUCUUCAAAUAACUUCCAUCGUUCAGAGUCCUUUAGCUAUAGCUCUGAUGGAUUCAGUCCGCCACAAAUUGAACAGCAUGUCUAUGAUUCCCGACAGGGCUUUGGUUCAACUUUGAGGAACUUUUAAGAGUUCAGAGAAUUACAUCAUAGUCCUGUUUUCAAUAAAAAAUAUAAACAAAUAGUAUAGAGUAGUAAAUAUAGAAGUAAAAUUGAAUUAGCAAUAUACUUAGCAAUCGGUUUUUAAUAAAGUGAAUACAUUUUCAUUUACUUCCCUUA